AUGGGGCGAGCUCUGGCUCACAUCGAGGGGUGCAAGGAGACUAACAAAGGUUGCCAGAUCUGCAAACAGCUGAUAACUCCUUCUUGUUCCAAUGGUGAAGGAUGCCAGAUAAAGUAUGGAAUGUCUCACUGGAACAGCAUUAAACGCAAGCUGAAGCAAGAUCAAGCACUAGCACACAAACAGAAAGGGGCACCAAAGAGGCGACGUAUAGAACUCUCGGAAUCUGGAACCUCUGGCAGUUCUGGAUCCUCUAGUCAUGGUUACAGAUCCCCCAAUGCCAUGCCCCUUGUCAGAGGACAUACAGAGGCCGUGAGUAUGGCUGAGGGAGACAUGGACAUGGUUUUUCGUGAUCGGAUGAAUGCAAACUCUCCUAUCCCUAAUGUUACCUUGCAACCUCUCAUGGUUGCUCAAUCUCCAGCACCCAGCAUCCAACCACUACAAAACAUGGGACAG